UGGUGACGUCACGAGCGCAAGCAUUAUAAGUGCGCCGACGCAGGUUUGCGCGCAUUCGCUAGUUUGCGCGCACGCCGCGCACCGCGUACCGUAUCGAUAGUGAUUUUCGCGCUCGCGAAUUUGACAUAAAAAGUAUAUCUUUUUUGUCCAAGUGAUAUUUGUGCUUCAAAAUGCCGAAGAAUAUUUUAGCCGAGAUGGGCUCCCAGGUGGGCCUCACACCGGGGCGCCAGAACAAAAAGGAAGCGGAAGAAUGGGCUCGCAGACAGAGUGGGCCCAUGGUCAACCCCUCCUUCGAGCCAGACGACUUCCUGCCACAAAGCCUGUCACCCGUAAAAGAUGAAAAGAAGAAACCCGGCGACAAGGGCAUCUUCCUGGUCAACUUGAACGAGAAGAACCUUCAGGAGGUGGAGGAGUACGAGCCCUAUGACAACCGCGUGGUUGACCACCCCACCACAAACACAGAAACCCUCCUGCACUUGUUGAAAGGGAGCCUAGGAACUGGCAUCCUGGCGAUGCCUCACGCUUUCGCCAAGUCAGGCUACGUGGUCGGCACAGUGGGCACUUUGGUGAUAGGUGUUUUGUGCACAUACUGCAUCCAUGUGCUGCUGGACUCGUGCUACGUGCUGUGCAAGCGGCGGAAGGUGCCUUCCCUGACGUACACCGGUGCAGCAGAGGCCGCGCUCUCCGAGGGACCUGAUUGGUGCAAGGCAUGCGCACCUUAUGCUGCACACGUCGUAAACGCAUUUCUACUCAUCUACCAGAUCGGCACGUGCUGCGUGUACGUGGUGUUCGUAUCUGAGAACAUACAGUACGUUCUGACCAAGCACUUUGAAUUAGAGGUCACAGUCAUAGAGGUUAUGACCUACAUCCUGAUCCCUCUGGUCAUGAUAAACUGGGUGCGAGACUUGAAGUAUUUGGCGCCUUUCUCGGCGAUCGCGAAUGCGGUGACGAUUGUCGGCUUCGGGAUCAUCAUGUACUACAUCUUCCGGGAAGCCCCUUCGUUGGAAGGAAAGCACCCAGCGGGAAAGAUCAGAGACUUUCCUCUAUUUUUCGGAACGGUGUUGUUCGCUUUGGAAGCUAUUGGUGUGAUUCUGCCCCUGGAAAAUGAGAUGAAGACCCCCAAAUCGUUCGUAGGAACGUUCGGAGUUCUGAACCGUGCAAUGGUAUCCAUCAUCAUCUUGUACGUGGGCAUGGGUCUCUUCGGAUAUCUUCAAUAUGGGGAGGCGGCAGCUGGCAGUAUCACGCUGAACUUGCCUUCACAGACUGAAAUUUUGGCGAGCGUGGUUCAAUGUCUGUUAGCGUUCGCGAUCUUCAUAACCCACGCUCUGGCCUGCUACGUCGCCAUCGACAUCCUGUGGAACGAGUACGUGGGUGUUCGCCUGCUCAACAGCAACCACAGGUUCCUGUGGGAAUAUAUGCUAAGGACCGUCAUCGUACUCGUCACGUUUGGACUGGCAGCAGCAGUACCCGAGCUUGACCUCUUUAUCUCACUGUUUGGCGCCCUCUGCUUAUCUGCCUUAGGCCUGGCUUUCCCUGCCUUCAUCCAAAGCUGCACCUACUGGUACUACGUCUCAGACUCGGAAAGAAUCCGUAUGAUCAUCAAGAACGCUAUAGUCGUAGUUUUUGGAGUCCUUGGCUUAGUUGUAGGAACCUGGACGUCUCUUGAAGGCAUUAUCGUCAAAUUCUCAGCACACUCCGUAGUAUUAAAUUCUACUGACGCAGGCCAGAUCCUCGCCAACACUACGUCCAGUAUAAUGCCUUGAAAAUAGUUUCAAUAAUUUUAAAGAAUAGGGUCAUCUACUGCCUCGAACACUAUGGGAAAAGUGAAAUGGUGAAAUGCUCGUAAUCUUAAAUUUAUCGAAAGAUAGAAUGGAGCAAGAGCAGCGAGUGCGAAAUUUUCUCAGUUUUAAACUGAUCGCAAAACUAGUAGUCCAAUCUGAUGUAGCAAGACCAUAGACUAAGGAUUAAAUAAAUAAGCACAGCUGAUAUCUAUUUUUGUACAACGCGCAAUCAUUCGCCUCAUAUUCAGAUUAGACUAGUAUUUUGCACGCACUAAACAGAUUUUUUCAAGCAUUUCGAGAACCCACAAGACAAGGGGACCUGUAAGGACGGCCCUGAUCUUGUUAUUGUAUCAGUGCCAUUUUCUGAAAAUCUUCCGUGGCAUAACUAAGUAAGUACAAUUAUAGAUCAGACGAUUUUGUCGAGAUGAUCUACACUUAUAGUUAUAUAGACUUCAUAGAUAUUUUAGUAGUUUUUAUUUUAGUCUAAGACUUCUCCGUUCAUGGUUGAAUGAUAAUAUUAAUAAUUUGUGUAAAUUACCUAUUAAGUGAUGAAAUAAAUAAAAUAGUAGAUUGUUCAACAUGGGGGCAAUGUAAUGUCGUAUAUUAUGUCUCGGGCGCCGCGCCGGAUAAAUGCCAAGCGUAACGAGGAUUUUACUCUAAAAUUAUAAGGCAUUACCCCCAAGUUCAAUGCUCUACUUUUCACACCUCGCGAGACAGUAAAAUUAAAAUCUUCGUAUACUUAAAUAGGUACCUACAUAUCUGUCUUUAAAAGUUUCUGGGAGCCAAUCGUUAUUACACUUUGAACAUUAAUAGUUUCCGGAGGUAAAUUACUGCUGCCAUCAUCGUCACCACUCGACAUUUUAAUUUCAAGUUAAAUAAAUAAUUAAUUUCAAUAACAGAUAAUUUUCGCUUUUUUUCAUUUUUGAUAUGCAUCUAAAAAUUAUUUGGAAAGUUGAGAGGUAAAGAAUUAUAACAAUAUUUACAUAAUUUAAGUAUUUAUUGUGAAUAUUGUGAUUAUAAAUUUUACAUAAUAUAUUAACCGGCAUAGCAAAGUAAUAUGUUACUUAAAGUUUUUUUUAAUCAUCAUACUGCACACUGGCGUUGAUUAAGUACAAAGUAUUAAAAACAUAACUAUAAAUUAAAUAAAAUGACGAGAAAUACUAUAUAGAUACGUAGGUACUACAUUCAAUAUAUUAUACAAAAUGUACCUAAUUUAGAAAUUAUUUAUAAAAUGUUAUUAUUUUUUGAUGAUAUAAUAUAUAAUAUUAUUACGUACGACUUAUAGUAUUUCACACUGUGAUUUUAGACAUUGUAACACAAUGCUUCCACCUUGUGAGCGAGCUGCCACGAUGAUUAUUUUUAGGGUUCCGUAUUAUACCCAAAGGCUAAAAACGGAGCCCUAUUAAUGUCACUCUGAUGUCUGUCUAUCUGUCUGUCCGUCUGUCUGUACGCAUGUCACAGGUUUCUUGUAGACGAAAUGAGUAACAAACCUGAAGUUUGCGCACACACUUGUGUAAUAUCUCUCGCACAGUCGGCGGCUUUCUAUAGAGCUUGGCCACCGUGAUGGCCGAAAUUCGAUCGGUAGGACAUUAUUAUGUGACAGAUGUAACCCAUCAGUUACAUAAAACAUGGUUUUAAACCAAAAAAAUCGGUCAAGUGCGAGUCGAGCUCACAUACGAAGGGUUCCGUACCAUAGUAAGUAACAUUUUUAAAUUUUCUAAAAAAAAAUAUUGUCUGUUGUUAAAGCGACGACAGAAGUACAGAUUCUGUGAAACCUUCAACUCUCUAUCUAUUACGGUUCACGAGUAGCUACCGAACGGGCGUCCUCCCGCGUUUUGGUCAUAUAACCGAGAGGUUGGCGGGUUGCGGGAUGUGGAGGGGUGUCCAUGAUUCACGAGAUACAGCCCGCUGACAGACGGACGGACAGCGGAGGCUUAGUAAUAGGGUCCUCUUACAUUUGGGUACGGAACCCUAGCAGGUAUUUUACAUUUCGCUUUGCAGUUCUGCUCACGGUGGAAAUGUAAUGCUUUACCUCGCAGCAAGCAAAUCUAAAAGUAGCUACCUAGUUAUAUACGAAAUCUUUGAAAACGGUUUAUAGUUAAUAAGUUAUACUUAGUAUUAAGCCACGACCACAUAUGCGCGUCAUGAACGCGGGAUGCGGGAUCCCCGGCGGAAUCUUACGUGACUGUUGUAGUCACGUAGAAUGUGAAUGGCGCCAUUACUGUAGACCGCCGCGCGGCUGACGUUCCCGCUUCGUAUUAGCCUUGGUCGCGCAGGUUUGGAUGAACUAUUAAACUGACAGUGACAAUGUCAUAUUAGGGCAUUCGUGAGGGAGAAAACCAGCGCCAAGUUGAAAUACGCCAUGUAAUACGAAAAAAAUUGAAUAGUUUUACUUUAAACUAGGCUUCGCACGGGGAGCCUGUCUACUCCAUAGACAAAAUAUGGGUAUGAAUGAAUGGUCCUGUUAGAAUCUAUCUACUUAGGUAUAAAUAACUGCCCCCCACUGUUUUUAUGCAAAUUGAGCAGUGGUGAAUUUGAUAAAUUUAUUUAUUUGUACGUACAGAAGUCCGUUAAAUAUUAGUCCGUCCGACUAAGGAUCCGUUUUUACUCGUCGUGAAUAUUUUAAUUCAUUAUAAAUAUCGACACAGCGUGAGUUAGCAACGGAGCGUAGGCAGGGCGCUUUAAAAUAUGACUUUCCCACCACGGGGCGAAAAAUAUUCCUACUAUGCGAAUUAAAACUUAAAACUUAUGGUGUUUCUUCCCAAACGAAUGAACGCUUAAUGUUAUGGCAUUUUAAUAGGUUAAGUAAAUAAGUACACUCAGAAGUUAAGUUGUUUGUUAAUGUUCAAAGCCGAAAUGCCAUCACAGUGCGAUUGGCCUAGAAAGUGUCCAAAGUCCAAAGCCAAAAUGCCUGGUGAACUUCUCCUCUCUUCGCAGAUUGCCAGUCUUCAUUUUCUUUUUAAAAUACUUAUCAACUAUGCGAAAUCGUGUGUUAACAAUAAACAUGGAAUAAAAAACGCAUAAACUGCCUAGUUUCAGCUGAAUUGGAAAAUUCUGACUUCGAUCUCGUUGUCGCGUUUAAACUUUAAAUAAAACAAUCAAGUAUUUAUUUUCCAUGUUUACUAUUAAUACAAAAUUAAACAUAAUUAAUAUUUUUAAAACUGCAGGAAACCCACAAGGCUGUUUGGCUAGGCCAUAGAUUACUUUACUCUAUGGGCGAGGCCUAAUCGUGAAUUUGUGACGGUAUUUCAGCUUUUAAGCUAUAUUUUGACGAGUUUAGUAUAAUUUUAUCUUUUUGUUUGAGCUCUAUGCACUAGAUGUUUAGUAUAACCUCGCCAAAUUGGUUACCGUAAAUAUGUAUUAUUUACACCCAAAUGGUUAAUCACCUGAAGUAUCAAUAUUUUAUAAUUUAGGUAACCUAGUAUAUUAUUUCGGGUAGAUACCUUGAAUAAGUACAUACAUUAUGUAUAUUAAACUAAUAGUUAACCAAAUCACAGAUGAUUCCUAUAUAUAUGUAGGUAUACCUACAUGAAAAAACAUACUUACAUAUAUAUAUAAAAUAUU